GUGACGUACGCCGCGUCAGUAGUGGUAGAUCUCGCGAGCCGGCCGGUUGGUUGAUCGCGCGAUACACGGGGGAAGCUCGUCCGGAGGCACGACCAGUCGUCGCUCGGCCGUGGCGGGUGUAUUUCACCAUCGGUCUCGCAUCCGCGUUUGUGUUACAUCGAGGAGGAGAUCAGCCCCGACGUCACUCGUCUCAUCAGGACCGACUUUGAAGGAGGAAGCGCGUAUACAGGGUCGUCUCAGAAAUUCGAUAAGCUUUCGACAUGGUUGUACCAAAGGAUCGUGCGCUCCACGAGGCGAUUCAAGUAUCGCCCCUGAUACUUUCCGACGAUGUUAGACGACAAAAAAUUGAGAAUCAAACGGCGAAGAUGCGAUUUUCCGCGGCAACCGCCCGGAAAAUACAGGACGUCUUUAUUUCAGAAAUGAAUAAGGGAAUCCAUCAGCAAUCUUCCUCGUUACAAAUGGAGAACACCUAUAUACCGGAACUGCUCGAUGGAACAGAGGAAGGUCUCUAUUUGGCGCUCGAUCUCGGUGGAACCAACUUUCGUGUACUCCUGUUGGAAUUGGCUCACGGUGCUCCCAUACGACAGGAAGUGAAGCGAUAUUACAUCGGACCCGAGUUAAGGGUCGGCUCGACAAUCCCUCUGUUUAAUUAUCUGGCUGAAUGUGUCAGUGAUUUCGUCAUCGCACAGGGUCUUCAGGACGUAGAGCUUCCUCUCGGUUUCACAUUCUCGUUUCCGAUGAUCCAACACUCGCUGGACGUCGGUAUUCUCGUUACGUGGACCAAGACUUUCAACUGUCCGGAUGCCGUGAAUAAGGACAUCGUGAAACUUUUGCGAGAGGCCCUGGACCGACGAGGUGACACGAAAGUGAAGGUCGUGGCGGUUCUGAACGACACCACGGGUACCUUGGUGCAGGGUUCAACGCUGGAUCAUAAUGUAGCGAUCGGACUUAUCCUGGGAACCGGCAGCAACGCCUGCUAUUUGGAACGAGCUGACCGGGUUGAACAUUGGGAAACCGAGAGACACGGCGAGAGAGAAGUCAUCAUUGAUAUCGAGUGGGGUGCAUUUGGCGACAACGGUGUUUUGGAUUUCAUCAAAACGGAUUUCGAUCGCGAGAACGAUGCCAAUUCUCUUAUCGUGAAUUCGUUUACAUUUGAAAAGUACAUUGCUGGCAAAUAUCUUGGUGAAGUGGUGCGCGUGAUACUUGCGAAGUUGACCAAAGAGGGGCUUUUGUUUGUAGGAGAAACCGCAACACAAAGACUCUUCACACCUGGCACCCUUACUACCGAUCUGGUAUCGCAAAUUGAACAAGACUCGGUGGAUGGCGGUAAUAGCAACACGAAGGAGGUCAUCAAGAAAUUUGGCAUCAUUCCUGAUGAGGACGACAUCAAUGUCGUUCAAUACGUGUGCGAGGUCGCCUCUAAUCGCGCGGCUCUUUUGGUAUCGAUAUGCAUCGCGAGUUUGCUGGACCGUAUUGAUAAGGAACAAGUUACAGUUGCCGUAGAUGGAUCCCUCUACAAGCAUCAUCCUCGAUUAGAGACCUGGAUGAAGCAAUAUAUCUCGUUACUUACUUCAGGACGACAGUUCAAAUUAAUCCACGCGGAAGAUGGAAGCGGCAAGGGUGCAGCGCUCGUAUCUGCUAUUGCGCAAAGACUCAAGAAGCGAUUACAAUAAUCGUAAGAAUACACUACAGCGUCCGCUUGUUGUCGCAAUCAUCAUUAUCAUCGCGAAACAAUUUGCGAUUCAUCGAUAGCCAUAUGAGUUAUAGAAAUAUUCCGUGAACAGCUCCUGAAUUACAUAACUACGUUAGUAUCCGUAAAAAAAAUAUCAAUCUUAAUGCUUACAUCGGAUUGUACUGAAUUGUACAGGUGUCAAUUGAAAUCAAUCUAGACGUUACGGAAUUGCAUUAGAAAUAGCUUGCACAAGAUGUUAAAAAGAUAGGGGUAUCGAUCGACCGAACGAUAUGCGGGAAACGUGUGCGCGCGUGUGCCAUUUUAGAAAAAUAAAUACAUGUUCCUCAUGUAUAACCAGAGGAAGAGAAUUACAAGAGACGGAUUAUCAACAAAUUGAAAUGUAAAGAAUGAUAUUAUUUAUUUAAUGAAAGUGCAAUUGGAACGUAUACGCGUUUGCAAAGUUGAAAAGUUGUUGCGUAUUGUAAAUGUUCUUUUUUGUACAAAAGAUGUCAAGUUGUUAUAAUAAAAUGUUAGCAAAAGUUGAUUCUUA